CAGUGUUUGUGAAUGCGAGUCAAUGCCGACGUGUAUAUGUAAUAAAUCGGUGCAAAACACACGUCAAUAGAUUAGAGCCAUUGAGUGAUCGACUGAUCGUUGGAUUCAUUGAAUUCAUUCAAUCAUUGCUUUAAAUGAUAAGUGAAUUGCGUUUGAAAUGCAUUUGAAAGCAAUGGCCAGAAGUCAUACCAUAUAUCUGUCAUUAUUGGCUGUCCUCCUGUGCUGUACGGGUGGUCUGGAGGCCUACUUCUUGGUGAUCGACGCUCACGCAGAGGAGUGCUUCUUCGACAAAGUGUCCACCGGAACCAAAUUGGGGCUCACCUUCGAGGUCGUGGAGGGAGGCUUCCUCGACAUCGACGUCAAGAUCACCGGUCCGGACAAUAAAGUGAUUCACUCGGAGGAGAGGGCCUCGAGUGGCAAAUACACGUUCGCCGCGCAUAUGGACGGCAAUUAUCUGUAUUGUUUCGGUAAUAAGAUGUCGACAAUGACUCCCAAAGUAGUGAUGUUCUCGAUGGACAUCGGAGACGCCCCGAAGACCGACGAAGAGCUCAAAGCCCACGACGCGAACCAUAACAAACUGGAGGAGCAAAUCAAAGAGCUGUCCGGCGCUCUGACGGCCGUCAAACACGAACAGGAAUACAUGGCUGUCAGGGAUCGCAUCCACCGGUCCAUCAACGAGAGCACAAACUCACGAGUGGUGUUGUGGGCGUUCUUCCUCCGGAAUCAGGACCAC